UGCUGGUAGGAGGACAAGGGUCCAGGCCGAGCAAGCCGAGCGACGAGUUCAGCUGAUGCAACCUAACUGGACCUGCGUGACAGUUCCCGGCACGCGGCGGCGGCGGCGACCGAGAAAGGGGCGCGAGUGCUGGGCUGAGCGCGGGAGACGGAGGGGACAGAGCAUGGGGGACGCUCUGAGCCCUGAAGAGAAGCUGCACCUUAUCACCCGGAACCUGCAGGAGGUUCUCGGGGAAGAGAAAGUGAAGGAGAUACUGAAGGACCGGGAACUUAAAGUUUACUGGGGGACAGCAACCACAGGCAAGCCACAUGUGGCUUACUUUGUGCCUAUGUCUAAGAUCGCGGACUUCCUGAAAGCAGGAUGUGAGGUAACGAUUCUGUUUGCGGAUCUUCACGCGUACCUGGAUAACAUGAAGGCCCCAUGGGAACUUCUAGAACUCCGAACCAGCUAUUAUGAGAAUGUGAUCAAGGCAAUGCUGGAGAGCAUUGGGGUACCCUUGGAGAAGCUCAAGUUCAUCAAAGGCACCGAUUACCAGCUCAGCAAAGAGUACACGCUAGAUGUGUAUCGCCUCUCCUCCGUGGUCACACAGCACGAUGCCAAGAAAGCAGGAGCUGAGGUGGUGAAGCAGGUGGAGCACCCUCUGCUGAGUGGCCUGCUGUACCCAGGGCUGCAGGCCUUGGAUGAAGAGUAUUUGAAAGUAGAUGCCCAGUUUGGAGGAGUUGACCAGAGAAAGAUUUUCACCUUUGCGGAGAAGUACCUCCCUGCACUUGGCUACUCAAAACGGGUCCACCUGAUGAAUCCUAUGGUUCCAGGGUUAACUGGCAGCAAAAUGAGCUCUUCAGAAGAGGAGUCCAAGAUAGAUCUCCUGGAUCGGAAAGAGGAUGUGAAGAAAAAACUGAAGAAGGCCUUCUGUGAGCCAGGGAACGUGGAGAACAACGGCGUUCUGUCCUUCAUCAAGCACGUCCUCUUUCCCCUCAAGUCUGAGUUCGUGAUCCUUCGAGAUGAAAAAUGGGGUGGAAACAAAACCUACACAGCUUACUUGGACCUGGAAAAGGACUUUGCUGAUGAGGUUGUGCACCCUGGAGACCUAAAGAAUUCUGUUGAAGUCGCCCUCAACAAGUUGCUGGAUCCCAUCCGGGAAAAGUUUAAUACCCCUGCACUAAAGAAACUGUCCAGCGCUGCCUACCCAGAUCCCUCGAAGCAGAAGCCAGUUGCCAAAGGCCCAGCCAAGAAUUCAGAACCGGAGGAGGUCAUCCCAUCCCGCCUGGAUAUACGUGUGGGGAGAGUCAUAAGUGUGGACAAGCACCCAGAUGCAGACAGCCUGUAUGUGGAGAAGAUUGAUGUGGGGGAAGCUGAACCACGGACUGUGGUGAGCGGCCUGGUGCAGUUUGCGCCCAGGGAGGAACUGCAGGACAGGCUGGUGGUGGUGCUGUGCAAUCUGAAACCCCAGAAGAUGAGAGGAAUCGAGUCCCAAGGCAUGCUUCUGUGUGCUUCUAUAGAAGGGGCAAGCCGCAAGGUUGAGCCUCUGGACCCUCCUGCUGGCUCUGCUCCUGGUGAGCGAGUGUUUGUGAAGGGCUAUGAGAAAGGCCAACCAGAUGAAGAGCUUAAGCCCAAGAAGAAAGUCUUUGAGAAAUUGCAGGCUGACUUCAAAAUUUCUGAGGAGUGCAUCGCACAGUGGAAGCAAACCAACUUCAUGACCAAGCUAGGGUACAUCUCCUGUAGAUCACUGAAAGGGGGGAACAUCAGCUAGCCAACCUGGCGUCUUCCUCCCUUCUCUCAUCAUCCUGAGUCACCUGCUGUCUCCUUAAUUUGCUCCAUCCAUCAUCUGCUUACCCAUCUCCCAGGACACUGAAGCAGGAAGUUUGGAACUCUGUGAGGUGCAAGACUUGGUGAGGGGCAGCUCAGCCUCCCCAGGAUCCAGGAUCACCCUGUCUGGCUGCAGGGAGAGGCUGACCUCCCAGGUAGUGAUGAGAGCGAGGCAAUGCAGGGAGUGCAGCCCUACCUUCUUCCCUUGGCAGCUGACCUGACAAAUCUGGUUUCAAUAUGAUGUAACUCAGAAAAAGUUUAUGCCAUAAUCCUUGUAACUGGAAAAAUAUUGGUUUCCAGUUUUCCUAGCGUUAUCCCAGCAGCUGUGCCUCUGGCUGGGAUCUGGUGCCUGAACUGGGCUAAUUACAGCCUCUCCCCAACAGGAAACUGUGGGAUUUGAAAAGGGAAGGGAAGGGAAAACAGAGAACCUAGUGGUCUACCAAGUGGUUGGCACCUUUCCCCAAUGCCUGCCAACCCUGAGGCUUGUCGCUGGGGGCAGAGCCUGCCCCGGGACUCCUGGAUUGCCCUUUGAUCCUGCUGGGGGGACACUCCCUAAACCAGCUGCGUGUUAUUGGAUGGCACAGCCUGGUUCUUUCUUCAGGGAGGGUGUGGUACUUCUCCAUAAGGCAUCUCAAUCAGGACCACUAAGUAUCAUUGUCAUAAUUUCAAAUAAAAUGUCUGAACAAGGGUG